AUGUCGUGCACCUUCGCUGCAGACAAAGUCUUUGGUCCGGUGGUGGCUCCCUGUCGGAGGGUCUUUGAUUUUACUCUCUUCUUCGAGGAGCUGUUUUUUGCUCUGCUCCCAUCCAGUCUGCUCCUAAUUGGAGCCGCUGUUCGUCUGUCUGUAUUGGUUCAGCGACCAGUGUUGGGUACAGGAAGCCUUCUAUAUUUCCUCAAGCUGGCCGCCACCACUGUAUUUGCUGCUCUUGAGCUAGUUUCUCUCAUCUUUAUAGGCACUGAUUAUGGGAAAACGACACGACUCUCUAUUCCUGCUGCCGUAUUGUCAUUUUUGGCUUCACUUGCUAUCGCAAUCCUCUCUCAUUAUGAGCAUACUCGAUCUCAGCGUCCUUCAUUCCUCCUCGCCUUUUAUCUGUGUCUUACAGUACUAUUUCGAGCGGUCAUGACACGAACCUAUUGGUCUUUGGAAACAUACCAUAUUAUUGCGUCAGUUGCCCUCGCAGCACUGCUUGUACAAAUCGUGAUGGUGAUUCUUGAAAGUGGCAAGAAACGACAGCUUGAGAAUGUCAAAAAAGAGUCCAGUGAAGAGACCGCUGGCUUCAUCAGUCGAUCUUUGUUUUUGUGGCUAAAUAGUCUCCUCUGGACGGGUUAUCGACGCACUCUUACCGCGCCAGAUCUUCAACCAAUCGCUAAAGUUCUAUAUGCGCCACAUCUGAGCGCUCGAUUUGCGUCGAUACUUUCUAUAAAGACUGCGCCCUAUUUUGGUCUGCCCGGUCAAACUCUACUGUGUCUGGGUCGUUACCUUCUUCUUCCGGUCCUUCCUCGGUUGUGCGUUACUGGAUUUACCUUUGCUCAGCCAUUUCUCACCACAGCCCUUAUCCAGUAUCUGUCUGACAAGUCAGAGUCAAAGGACGACGGAUAUGGUUUAAUAGGAGCUUCCUUUCUCGUAUACGGAGGUAUCGCAAUUUCGAAUAGCUGGUACUCGCACCUAACUUACAAGUCCAUCACGAUGGUUCGAGGUGGCUUGGUGGACGUGGUCUUUGAUAAAAUGUUACGUUUGCGAGAGGAAAAAGAAAUAGAGUCCAGGACUUUGACUCUAACGAUCAACGAUACUCAGCGUAUUUCGACAUCGUUAACAUUCAUGCACGAAGUCUGGGCCGGAUUACUAGAAACAGCACUGGCCACUUGGCUCCUAUGGCGACAGAUCGGGCCUUCAAGCUUGACGGUACUUGGACUAGCACUAGAUAUGGAUGGCAGGUACGGAGAAGAGAAUAGCAGCCACAAGGAAGAUGCUGUCCUCUCUGAAAGCCAUAAAGACGACGGGUUCCGAAGAACAGACAAGUUCUACCAUACAAGGGCUUCGAGACAAAGAGUUUAUUGCAUCGAAGAUGUUCCGCAGCUUAUUAGUUGGAAGUGUUUUAUCAUCCUACACUACGUUGACGCUGUCCCCCGUUCUUGUGUUUGGCGCAUAUAUCGGAACAACCCUAUCUUCUCAACAGAAUCUCGAUCCCUCCAAAUUAUUCAGUUCCUUGAUCUUGAUCAGCCUUUUGGCAGCUCCAUUGAGGCGCAUGAAACUACUAGUCCAAAGCUGGAUUUAAGUGAGCCUUCUCAGGAUGAUAUUGCGGUCUUGGUCGAAAAGGCCGACUUCGGCUGGACGACUAAAGCAGAUUUGCAUGAUAUAUCUCUGCGGAUAAGCAAAGGUGAUCAUGUAGCUAUCACCGGCCCUGUGGGUUGUGGCAAAUCGCUUCUGAUGAAAGCACUCUUAGGCGAGGCUGAAUGCAUAUCUGGUACAGUCCGUAUAGGCAGUGCUCGCAUUGGUUACUGUGGCCAAGGAGUCUGGCUAGAGAAUGCUACAGUUCUCCAAAACGCAUUCCGGUGUGCAUCUGAUAAUGAAGAAUGGCGCCGUAAGGUCAUUGAUGCUUGCGCUUUGAGAGAGUUAGUAGAUGCUCAGGAGUCUAGCGAGGCAAUCGGCAGUGGCGGAGUUCGCCUGAGUGGUGGUGAACGACAAAGACUGGCGUUGGCUCGGACUAUUGCGCAGAAGCCUGACAUAAUAAUUCUUGAUGACGUUUUCAGUGCUUUAGACAGGAAAACAGUCAAGCACAUCAGAGAACGGCUCUUUGGUGCUGCUGGAAUUCUACGCUUACUUCAAAUUACGGUUAUUGAAACUACACAGGACCCACGCUGGGCCACGAUGGCAACCCAGGUCUAUGAGAUCGAUAGGGCUAGUAGUAUUUCUCAAUAUGAAUUCGGAGCUAAAGAAAUGCUUUUCAACGCCACAGAGGACGAGGCCGAAGUCAAGAUGACCAUAGAUGAUGUUAACGAACGUCCCAUGAAGAUAGCAAAGCCCGAUGCUCAAAAGGUGCCCGAAGCGGCCUCUCGUGUAACCGAUCGGACCGUGUAUCGCACCUACUUCAAUGCCAUUGGGCUGGGCAACCUAUUCAUUUUUGUCUUCUUCGGUAUAGCCUUUGCGUUUUGUAUCAAGUUUCCCGAUAUCUGGGCACAAUGGUGGUCCGAGGAUAACAACUCCUCGCAAGAGGUUGGGUACUGGCUCGGUAUAUAUGCCAUGUUGCAGACUCUGCCGUUGAUAAUGCUGUGUAUAUGGUUGGGCCAUCUUCUUUUGAAAAUUGUGCCUACCUCCGGUGUAGGGCUUCAUCGACAGUUGCUAGAGACGGUCUUAAAUGCUACCUUCCGCUUUGUUAGUGAUACAGAUGUGGGAGAGCUACUCAACCGGUUCAAUCAAGACCUCAUGAUGAUUGACAUGUCGCUACCUCUAAAUCUCUUCAACACUGUUGCACAGCUACUGACCAGCAUAAUACAGGUAGUGCUGGUAGUAGUGGCGGCGGUUUACGCCCUUUCAGUACUACCGGCCCUACUGAUUGUCAUCUAUCUUAUUCAGCAUUUCUACCUACGUACAUCGAAGCAACUUCGGCAACACGAGUUGCAGUCAAAAGCUAGUUUACAUACAAAGCUAAUGGAGACGUGUUCAGGUCUUGUGACGAUUCGUGCCCACCAGUGGCAGAGCACUUUGAAGCGUGAAUUCCACGAGCAGCUUAAUAGGUCACAAGAACCAAUUUAUCUACUAUACGCAGUUCAGCGCUGGCUGCAACUUACUUUAGAUCUUGUUGUGGCUGGCCUAUCUGUGACUGUUGCGGGUAUAGCUGUAGGGAUUAGAGGCCAAACAAAUCUAGGAGCCAUUGGUGUGGCCUUCUUGAAUCUAACUACACUAGGACAAACUAUGGCUGAAUUGAUGACAUCUUGGACUUCACUCGAGGUUUCCCUUGGGGCUAUUGCGCGCAUUGAGACGCUCCGAAAAGACACCCCUCGAGAAGCGAGCGUCACGUCUUCAAUUGAUAUUCCUCCACAUUGGCCAGAAUCCGGGGAAAUCAGAUUUGAGGAUGUCGGCUCCAGCUACACGUCCUUUUCCGAGAAGCCUGUGUGGAACGUGGACGGAAUCACUUUGUCUAUUCAUGCCGGAGAAAAGGUUGCUGUCUGCGGUCGUAGUGGAUCCGGAAAAUCUACGCUGUUGCUUACACUGCUAUCGUUAAUCGAGACACGUAAAGGUACCAUCAUAAUCGAUGGGCUUGACACUUCAUGCGUAAAGGCAUCCCUACUACGAUCGAGGUUCCAUGUCAUUUCACAGGACGGUUAUAUUCAAGGGGAGACGAUUCGCAAUGCAUUGGAUCCUCAGGGGGCCUUAAGUGAUGAUGAUAUCUGGGCCAUUCUCUCCGAUUGUGCACUGAAACAGAAGAUCGAGUCAUCCGGUGGCCUUGAGACUGCAUUAGUGGAUGUAUCGCUAUCUGCAGGUGAGACACAGCUAUUUGCACUAGCUCGCACAAUUCUUGAUGCGCAACAGCAGCCUGGUGGGAUUGUUCUUUUUGAUGAGGCUACGAGCAGAAACGGAACGGCAAAUUAUGCGCCUGAUUAG